AUGAUGAUGCUUAAAUCUUAAUAGGAAUACUUGGAACUUACUAUGCUUCUUGUCUUCUUUGAUUAAUCUAGUUGUGUUUCUAAUACUGGUAGUUACUCUAAAAAUAAUGGUUGGACAGACUCAGAUUGUAAUAUUUGUAAUGAUGAUACUUUGAAUUCAACAAAUUAAAAGGCUAAUACUGACUAUUCAUCUUGUUUAGCUAGUCUAGGUGUUGAUUCAGAUUGUGCUGCUUACAAUUCAGGAACUUCAAAUAAAAUAAAUGUAAUGGCUAAUAGUGAUAAAAAUCUUGUGUUGUCAGUAUAAUCUAGAAUGAUUGGACUGAUUAAGAUUGUGGUGUUUGUAAUGCAAAUACUAUAAAUUCAUCAAAAGUAGAAAACCACUAUUUCUUGUGUAACUGUAUGCAUUGGAAACACACUUUGA